GGAGAGGAGCUAGCGCGUCGAAGAUACCUCUAUGGUUUUCCUCCCGUUCUUGAGUGGGGAAAUGGCCGCUGUGUAGUUACCGGUGAGAUAAGUCCCGGGAACCGUCCUUCGGCGUGUCAGGAAUUUAAUUUCUCAGAACAUUCUCUCCUGGAAGAAUCUUACAGUUUCUCAAAGACUUCAGUUGACUGCUUGAUCCUGCAUAAAACCCAAGGAGAAAAGAAAUGGGUCGCUCCAAUUCUAGAUCACAUUCUUCAAGAUCAAAGUCUAGAUCACAGUCUAGUUCUCGAUCAAGAUCAAGAUCACACUCAAGGAAGAAGAGAUACAGGUCUCGUUCCAGGACGUAUUCAAGAUCUCGUAGUAGAGAUCGAAUUUAUUCUAGAGAUUAUCGUCGAGAUUACAGAAAUAAUAGAGGAAUGAGACGACCUUAUGGGUACAGAGGAAGGGGUAGAGGGUAUUAUCAAGGAGGAGGAGGUAGAUAUCAUCGAGGUGGAUAUAGACCUGUUUGGAAUAGAAGACAUUCUAGGAGUCCUCGACGAGGUCGUUCACGUUCCAGGAGUCCAAAAAGAAGAUCUGUUUCUUCUCAAAGAUCCCGAAGCAGAUCUCGCCGAUCAUAUAGAUCCUCUAGGUCUCCAAGAUCAUCAUCUUCUCGUUCUUCGUCCCCUUAUAGCAAGUCUCCUGUCUCUAAAAGACGAGGGUCUCAGGAAAAACAAACCAAAAAAGCUGAAGGGGAACCUCAAGAAGAGAGUCCUUUGAAAAAUAAAUCACAGGAGGAACCGAAAGAUGCAUUUGAACACGACCCGUCUGAAUCUAUUGAUGAAUUUAAUAAAUCAUCGGCCACAUCUGGUGAUAUUUGGCCUGGCCUUUCAGCUUAUGAUAAUAGCCCCAGAUCGCCCCAUAGUCCUUCACCAAUUGCUACACCACCUAGUCAGAGUUCAUCUUGCUCUGAUGCCCCCAUGCUCAGUACAGUACACUCUGCAAAAAACACACCCUCUCAGCAUUCACAUUCCAUUCAGCAUAGUCCUGAAAGAUCUGGGUCUGGUUCUGUUGGAAAUGGAUCAAGUAGAUACAGCCCUUCUCAGAAUAGUCCAAUUCAUCACAUCCCUUCACGAAGAAGCCCUGCAAAGACAAUCACACCACAGAAUGCUCCAAGAGAUGAGGCUAGGGGACGUUCCUCAUUUUAUCCUGAUGGUGGAGAUCAGGAAACUGCAAAGACAGGAAAAUUCUUAAAAAGGUUCACAGAUGAAGAGUCUAGAGUAUUCCUGCUUGAUAGGGGUAAUACCAGGGAUAAAGAGGCUCCAAAGGAGAAAGGAUCAGAGAAAGGGAGGGCAGAGGGAGAAUGGGAAGAUCAGGAAGUUCUAGAUUACUUCAGUGAUAAAGAAUCUGGAAAACAAAAGUUUAAUGAUUCAGAAGGGGAUGACACAGAGGAGACAGAGGAUUAUAGACAGUUCAGGAAGUCAGUUCUUGCAGAUCAGGGUAAAAAUUUUGCUACUACGUCUCAUCGGAAUACUGAGGAGGAAGGACCCAAGUACAAGUCCAAAGUUUCAUUGAAAGGCAAUAGAGAAAGUGAUGGAUUUAGAGAAGAAAAAAAUUACAAACUUAAAGAGACUGGAUAUGUAGUGGAAAGGCCUAGCACUGCAAAAGAUAAGCACAAGGAAGACGACAAAAAUUCUGAGAGAAUAACAGUAAAGAAAGAAACUCAGUCACCUGAGCAGGUAAAGUCUGAAAAGCUCAAAGACCUCUUUGAUUACAGUCCCCCUCUACACAAGAAUCUGGAUGCUCGAGAAAAGUCUACCUUCAGAGAAGAGAGCCCACUUAGGAUCAAAAUGAUAGCCAGUGAUUCUCAUCGUCCUGAAGUCAAACUCAAAAUGGCACCUGUUCCUCUUGAUGAUUCUAACAGACCUGCUUCCUUGACUAAAGACAGACUGCUUGCUAGUACACUUGUCCAUUCUGUCAAGAAGGAGCAAGAAUUCCGAUCCAUCUUUGACCACAUUAAGUUGCCACAGGCCAGCAAAAGCACAUCUGAGUCAUUUAUUCAACACAUUGUGUCCUUGGUUCAUCAUGUUAAAGAGCAAUACUUCAAAUCAUCUUCAAUGACCCUAAACGAGAGGUUCACUUCGUAUCAGAAAGCCACUGAAGAACAUAGUGCCAGGCAAAAGAGCCCUGAGAUACACAGGAGAAUUGACAUCUCUCCAAGUGCCCUGAGGAAGCAUACCCGUUUAGCAGGGGAAGAGAGAGUUUUUAAAGAAGAAAAUCAAAAGGGAGAUAAAAAAUUAAGAUGUGAUUCUGCUGAUCUUCGGCAUGACAUAGACCGUCGGAGAAAAGAAAGAAGUAAAGAACGGGGGGAUUCCAAGGGCUCCAGGGAAUCCAGUGGAUCAAGAAAGCAGGAAAAAACUCCAAAAGAUUACAAGGAAUACAAAUCUUACAAAGAUGACAGUAAACAUAAAAGUAGAGAGCAAGAUCAUUCUCGAUCUUCAUCCUCUUCAGCAUCACCUUCUUCUCCUAGUUCUCGAGAAGAAAAGGAGAGUAAGAAGGAAAGAGAAGAAGAAUUUAAAACUCACCAUGAGCUGAAAGAAUACUCAGGCUUUGCAGGAGUUAGCCGACCACGAGGAACCUUUUUUCGAAUUAGAGGCAGAGGAAGAGCCAGAGGAGUUUUUGCUGGGACAAAUACUGGUCCAAACAACUCAAAUACUACUUUUCAAAAGAGACCGAAGGAAGAGGAAUGGGAUCCAGAAUAUACCCCAAAGAGCAAGAAGUACUUCUUGCAUGAUGACAGAGAUGAUGGUGUGGAUUAUUGGGCCAAAAGAGGAAGAGGUCGUGGUACUUUUCAACGUGGCAGAGGGCGCUUUAACUUCAAAAAGUCAGGUAGCAGUCCAAAGUGGACUCAUGACAAAUACCAAGGGGACGGGAUUGUUGAAGAUGAAGAAGAGACCAUGGAAAAUAAUGAAGAAAAGAAGGACAGACGCAAAGAAGAAAAGGAAUAGGAAAUCUGAAGUAAGAUUGCAACAGAGAACAGAACUUGCACCCACCAUUUUUUUUUACAUGAUUUUUGUUUUCAAAUAAGAAUGUAAGCAUUUUACUUAAAUUUUACUGUUUGCAAGUAGUCUAGAGAAAUUUUGUUUUGAAUCUUCAAAUAUCUUGAAAAAUAGUAGACUGUAUGUUGAAAAUUGUACUGAAAUAAAGUAGAAAAUUGUUACGUACCAUAUUUGUAACUAUCAACUUUUAAAAAAAUAUAUACUUUUACUGUUUUUGUUACAUGCAUUGUAAUUCUGCUUUGUCUAUAAGAUAUGGUCAAGUACAGCUCUGUGAAAGUUCUGAUUCUCUUCCCUCCCUGUUUGUGUUAAUGUUUAUUCUGAAGUAAACGUUAGCUCUACAUAAAAAUCCCUGAAGAGGAAUUGUCUAUAGAGACCACACUAAUUAUUUUAACUGUAUACAUCUGUUUAACAUUCUCCUUAAUUCAAACACACUACAUUGUAGGGUGACUAAUUUUUGAAGUGUACCAUGGAAAAAGUUGUUAUUUUGGUAAACUAAACUAAUUUAACAUCUCAUCAAAUGUUUAAGAUGGAAAAAAGCUUUGCCAAUAGCUCAAAAGUACUAGCUGUUAAAAGUUAAAUUGAAAAGUAUGAAAAAAAUUUUUUCUUAAACUGAAAGCAAGCAGUGGGCUAUAAAAAACAUUUUUAGGAGUCUUUACUAUUUGCAUUCAAAAUUCAGUGUUCUCUGUUUUAUUUGAACGUUUGAGUCAUGGUCUUAGAUAUCAGUUCUUUGAGAGAGGAAUCUGGUUUGUAAUAAUACAAACAAAACCCCCAUUCCCACUGAACGUCUUGCUUAAAAAAGAAAAACAGAACAAAGCCUGUAAUUCUGAUAUUGGUAUGGAAGAGGAUUAUUCUGCAGAAUAACUUGAUAACGUUAAAAAGAUGUGUACCUGACGUCAUAUCUCACAUACUUAUUUGAGCUUUUAGACAGCUGAAUCACUAGUUCAUAGUCUUAACUAUAACGAAUAAUAGGCAAACAGAAUAUACUGCUCAUUAGUAGUAUUUUAAGAAACUUGUUUUCCAAAUGUCACCAAUAAAAAGAUUUGACAGGAAGUUUGUCACAGCAUUGA